AUGGCCACUGCGGGUUCAGGUGCUACUGGCCCGAGUUACACCAGUCCGGGUAUUCCAGGGGGAGGUUUUACUGGUGCAGGUUUAUCUGGGGCGCGCAGGGCUUCCCCGAAUAACUCCAAGCGGGACCUGCUUCCGCCCCCCGCGGGGGGCCAUAGCGGGGGGGCGGGGGCCGGAGGUGGUAGUGGGGGGAAUCCAUUGGGGGGGAACCCGAUGGCGCGGACGCGGUCGAGCCAGGAACCCGUGCGCCUGGUGCCCCAGAUGGGCAGCGCGGAGGAGAGCGCACAGGCGGGCGCUGCGCCUUCCCCCCUCCCCGCUACUGCAGGCGCGCUGGGGGCGGGACCUAGUGGGGCGGGGGGAGGCAGAGGCGGAGCUGUGUUGGCGCCUUCAUUGAGCUUUGCCAAUGGGGUUGGUUCAGGCAUGGGGGCAGUGGCGGCUGGUGGCGCAGGGGUAGGGGCUGGGACAGGAAUGGGAGCAGGGGCACCCGUAGGGGGUGGGGGAUGUACUGGCUCGGGUACUGGUGCUGCUGGUGGUGCAAGUGGGGCGAAGGAAAAGGAGAGCCUUCGCGUGCAGGCACUGAGUAAUGCCAUUCGGCACAACAGCCACGGCGGGGAGAAGGACAGAGACAGCCAUAGAGACAAGGAACCCCUAGGCCGCUCCACCACUCAGUACUCAGAAGAAGGGGGGUCAGCAGCAGCAGUUGCCGGAUCAGCUGUUGCUGCCACUGCUGGGUUCGGUGGGAGUGCGAGAGGCUUGGGAGGCGGUUUUGCUUCGGACACAGCUUCGGAUACGGCUGCAGGGCAGGUGCAUGGUAUGAGGGAUGGCAGCUUCCCCCCUUCUCCUGCUCCGGAUAAGUCGUGGUAUGCUGUGUCGCCAUUGGUGGAUUUUCACCCGGGGUCCAGCCCGCCGCCCCCUUUCAUGCCCGGGCAGAGUCCGCUGAGAGAUAGUGCUUUCAAGCUGCCCUUGCCUGCUGUGGGAGGGAAUGGGGCAGGUAAUUCCGGGCAUGAGGGGUUAGGGGAGAUUAGAACAGAGGAUGGGCAGAUAGGGGGAGGGGGUACGGGGGAUGGAGAAUUGUCUAUGGAUGGUGGAAAGGGAGUUGCAGCUGAGGGUUCAUCUCACGAGGAGGCUCCUUGUUCCAAGAACGCAGAUACGCUAUGCGGGGAGGAUGACGACGACCCUAAUAACGCAGGCUCGGGAUCCUCCCCAAGCAGGCCGUCAGGUCCGGAUGGGCCGGUUGGGAAUCCACGCCGCCGAGCCGAGCGAUCAGGUGCGGGAAACAGGCCUGGAACAGGGUCGUACCUGCCGAUAUACCGACAGAUUGGCGUUCCCCGUAGUUCCUCGCACGACCCCGCAAGUCUGUUCGCGCAGAAGCAGCAUCACGCCGGGUUCACCGUGCAGGAGUGGGAAGAAGCGCUUAAAGACGGCAGCGGCGGGGACAGCAGCGGACCGCCAAGCGGCGGAACGGGCUUCGGGCGGAGCAACAGCGGAGGGGGCGGGGGAGGGGGAGGAAGGGCGGCUGGGAGCGCAGUCCCGCGCGGAGGCGGCGGAGCCUCGGGAAUGCCGAGAGGCGGAGCUGGUGCGUCGCCGUUUUCCAUUCAGGGGAAGGUGGUAUCCGGGGCAGGGCGAUCUAUGAUGAUGCCUCCGCGCAACUCGUCCGUCCCCGCAGCGUUGCCCACGCAUAAAGGCACCGCCACGGGACUGCAAGACUCCGCGCGCGGAGGCGGAAGGCAGCUCCGCGCGUUCGCAUCCGCCGCGCCAGGGCGCAUGGACGGCCCCGCUGCCCUGGGGUCGGAGCUGGGCCGGCGCGACUCGUACAACCUGAUUCUGGACCAGUUUCUGUCAACAGACGGAAACGCUAGCGGCCCAGAUUCGCCUGGUAUGGGAAUGGGUCCGGAGGAGAGGAGAGGACCGGCCGAAAUUGGCGGGGGGGUGGAGUUACGUAGGGUUGUAACGACGGGGAGGCAGCAGAGGGCGGAAAGGGGUGGAGCGGAUGUUUUGGUGGUAGAGUGCGGUGGAGAUGGUGGGAACGCGGACGGGAGUGUGCACGGCGGAGGUAGGAUGCAUGGAGGGAUUCGGCUGCAUGGAAGUAAUAGUUUCCACGGGCAACCGAGUAGCGGUGGUGCUGCUGGUGGGGGUUUCGAUGGCAGCAGCAGCACAACAGCGCCCACUGCCCCUGCUGCUGCUGCCGCUUCUGGUGGUGCUGCGUCAGCAAUAAGCCAGCCCCCCCACCACCCCGUGCACCACCCAGCAUGUAGGCAAUUCCCCCGUUCCUCUAGUGACAGCGGAAGGAAAUCGUCUCCUAGUCGUCGGAGCCCUAGCAGCAGCCCCAGCCGCGGCGUGGGGACCAUUGGCGGAAGCAACCUUGCGCCUCCCCCGCUCGUCUCCCCCCACCAUCUCUUGGACGGGGGCGCCGGGCUGGGUAUGGGUGGGCAUAGCGCUGCGAGCAGCUGGACUGGCGAAGGGAUGGGCGGAGGCGUUGUGGGGGGGUUUGGGGGAGCAGCAGCAGCAGGAGCAGGAAACAGUGUUCCGGUAGGGUUUGAGAAGCCAAGAGGGGUUUCGCCAACGAGAGGAGCUGGGUCUAUUCUUGUAGCGUCGUCUGGGAAGAGGCUAUCAAGGCAGAGCUCUGGAUCUGUGGGGGAUGGUGUGGAUUACAGCAGCAGCUUUGAGAGCUACUCUACUGCUGCUGGCGCUGACGUGGCACGAGAUGGCAUGGACGGGGACUCGGACCACGGGCAGGUUAACGGGCAGCGGAAACUCCGGGGGCAGGCGCUGGGAGGGAGUGGGAACGGGAGGCAGAAACACAGGCGAGCGGUUAGCGAUAACGAGUGUGCUCAACCAGGGGAGGUGGAGUCUGGGGAGGGGGAGGAGGGGGGAAGAGAGGGUGUGGGGGAGGGAUGGGCGGAUGGACAGGUAGAGAGGGGCAUGGGAGGGAGGAGAGGGGGCGGAGAGGGUGGAACAAUGCAUGGGGGUGGUUGGGAAGAGGGGGGUGAAGAUGGCGGGGCAGAUGUUGGGGAGAUUUCAUUUGGGCGGCAGCAAUCAGUGGCGGAGAUAGGGGGGAGUUGCGGAGGCAUGGGGGGAAGGGACGGGGAAAGGGCGGGGGAAGGGGGAGGGGAAGAAGACGGGGGAGGGGAGGAGGAGGAGAGUGACUCAGGCAGUGUGGUGGAGUGGGCUCUGGCAGGCUCGCCACAGAGCAUCUCGGCUGUAGCAGAGGCGGCAGAAGGGGGGAGGGGAGGUGGAGGGGGUAGGGACGCGGAAGGAAGCUUCCUCCGCAGAGGCAGCGGCGGUAGAGCAGUAGCAGCAGCGGCAGCAGCAGCAGGGGGAGGAGCAGGGGGGGGGGCAGGGGGAGGGGCAGGGGGAGGAGCAGAGGGAGGAGCCCAGGGGGGCAUGGGUAGAGCGACAGGGGGAGGAACAGGUGGGGCCGCUUCAGCUGCAGGAGAGGGGGAGGGCGUAUCUGGAGCAGGCGCAUCUGGAACUCAUCCCGUUUGGGGCGGCUUUCCGCGUCUCAACGUGGAGAUUGCGAGCCUGCAGUCGUUCUCAGAUGAGGACAACCCCAGUAACCGGAGUGUGGGAUCGCUGCAGGGCAUGGGCAGUGGGCGGGGUGUGGGCAGCGAACAGGGCAUGGAUAGCGCUCAGAGCAGCUUACUGAACAGCAGCUUGGGAAAAGGAGCGGGCGGAGGGGUUGGAGAGGUGGGCAAGCAGUAUGCGUUGACUGCGGACGACUGGCUUGACUACGACCCCCCUGGAGAUGCGCUGCUGAGGCGGUGCGUGCACCGGGCGUCUGGCACUCAGCUCAUGUGCCGCACGAUUUCCAAGCAGAGCAUUCGGUCGCAGCAGCAGGCGGAGGCCAUCGGGGUGGAGGUGGCAGUGAUGGAGGUGCUGCAGCCGCAUGCUCACAUCGUUGGGCUCAGAGACAAGUUCGAGAGCCUCACGUCCGUGCAUCUCAUACUGGAUCCCAUGGCGCGCCUCUCUCUGCACGACCGCAUGCGCCAGCACGGCCCCAUCCCUCAGCACCACGCAGCACCGCUCUGCCUCGCGCUGCUGCACGCGCUGCACCACUGCCACUCUCAGGGCGUGGCCCACCGUAACCUCACGCCCCAUGCUGUCGUGUUUCCCACUGAUGACAGCCCGCUGGGGGAUGCCCGGCUGAGUGGAUUCGAGUGGGCAGCGUUUGUCACCCCAGGAGUCCCCUUUUCAGACCCAGUGUCCCUGCCCUUGUUCGCGGCACCGGAGGUGCACGCGGGAAGGUACGGCACACAGGCCGACCUCUGGUCCCUCGGGGUCCUGCUCUUCCUCCUCCUCUGCGGGGUCCCGCCCUUCUGGGCGGCCACGGGCGGCGGGAUUCGGCGGGCAGUGCAGCAGCAGCAGGUGGCGUUCCUGUCGCCCCGGUGGAAGGAGGUUUCCGAUGAAAUGAAGCAGCUGCUGCUGAUGCUGCUCGAGAAGAAUCCUUCCGACCGGCUCACAGCCGCCGAGGCUCUAGUGAUCUUUCUCCUUCUGGGCACCAGCAAGGGAGGGGUGGGGAUGGGGGUGGCGGGCAGUGCAGCAGCAGCAGGUGGCGUUCCUGUCGCCCUGGUGGAAGGAUGUAUCAGAUGA